CAGUGCUCAUGACAACAGGACAACAAAAUUUGCGUGAGAAGGUGUUCGCAUGUAACAAAGUCUUCUCCCGGAGUCAUAUAAAGUUAUUCUCAGUCUGAUUACUUUUGUAGCAAAGGGUCUCUGCCAAGAAAAUGAGUAGCGGCAGGAGCAAAAAGGUGAAGGUUUGGGUGCGGACACGCCCAACCUCUCAUUUUGCUCAUGACACCAUCGGCCUCCAGUCAGAUGGCCGGACCGUCAACAUCCACUGCAAGCGCGAUGCGAGAAAAGGUGUCGUAAACAAUCAGAUUCUUGAUUGGUCGUUCAAGAUGGACGGCAUUCUCCAUAACGCCAGUCAGGAGAACAUGUAUGAGACGUGUGCACAGGAUGUAGUGUCUGCUGCUAUUGAUGGUUACAAUGGCACUGUCAUGGCUUACGGCCAGACGGGCGCAGGCAAGACAUUCUCCAUAACAGGCGCAACAGAGAACUACAAACACCGCGGUAUCAUUCCAAGAGCUUUAUCCCACAUCUACAGAGAGAUCGAGGACAGGCCCGAGUGUGCCAUCUCUGUCAGAGUGUCUUACCUAGAAAUCUACAACGAAACGAUGUUUGAUCUUCUCGCCUCGCUACCAGAAUCCUACACCCCCGCAAACGUCUCUCCCAUGGCCGUCGUUGAGGACAUCCAUGGCGUCUAUGUGAAGGGCCUUUCGUGUCACCUGGCUCAAAACGAGGAGGAAUGUCUGAAUCUUUUGUUUGAAGGCGAGACAAACCGAGCGAUUGCCGCUCAUAGCUUGAACAAGGCCUCAUCGAGGUCACAUUGCAUCUUUACUGUUUAUAUUGAGAGUCGUUCCCGAGUGCAGUCAGAGGCCAAGUAUACCACGGCCAAACUCAACUUUGUUGAUUUGGCCGGUUCAGAGAGGCUCGGAAAAACGAAGUCUGAAGGUAAAACACAACAAGAGGCAAUGUACAUCAAUAAGUCUCUCACAUUUCUCGAGCAAACCAUCAUAGCGCUUGCCGACCGACGCCGAGAUCACAUUCCAUUCCGACAGACGAAACUAACGCACUAUUUGAAGGAUUCGAUUGGAGGGAAUUGUCGUACUGUACUGAUAGCCAAUGUCUGGGGAGAGCAGGAACAAAUUGAGGAAACUAUAUCAACUCUAAGGUUCGCUACAAGGAUGAUGUGUGUGAACAGUGAACCUGCUGUCAAUGAGCACUACGAUCCAACGAUAAUGGUGAAGAAGUUGGAGAAGGAAGUAGAUGCAUUGAAACAUGAACUAGCAAUGCAUGACACCCUGAACAAUCGCAGUCACGUCUUGUACGACCCAUUGUCAGAGCAGCAGAAGUAUGAGAUCACUCAGCAAGUAUCCAAAUAUCUUGAGGGAGAACUAGAGCAACUAGAUGUUGUAAAUGUGCGACAAAUUCAGGGUGUAUUCGAAGCAUUUAAAGAUAUCUACCUACAAGUCGAACGAGAUGUGGAAGAAAGAUUGCGGGCGAAAUAUACUAUGAUGGACCGGGCUGAUCCCACUGCUGUAGCCCCUGUGCAACCAACAGGACCCCCUGUUGUUGAGGAUAUGCAGUUGGUCGGAGAGCCUGAUCGACAGAAUUUCGGUGUAGGGCAGUUGCCGAAGUCAGGAAAGGCCGAGCCAUCAUCGGUUGUGAAUGCGAAGAAACGAGAGAUGAAGAAGAAAUCUAAGGAAAGAGCAAGCCCUACUGGCAUGAAGGGUCCUGGCAGCCCUGGCAGUGGGCGAGACCAGGACACCUCAACCCCACAUACGCCCUCACGCACGGAGAAAGAACGCGAAACAACCACACCCUCUAGUUCUGGAGGCGACAAGAUAGUGAAGCCGCAAAUGCAACAACGGCCGAGCACACCUCCACCAAGGACAGUGGCGUUUGAAGAAUUCAAGCAGGAACGGGGCUCAGAAAUUAAUCGAAUUCUCAAUGAAAAUAAGGAAAUUCAUGCAGCAAAGAAGAAGGCGUAUUCGCAGCUUGCCAACCAGAUCAAUAUGACUAAAGUCAAGAUCGACAACACCAAAAUGAGAUUAGAGGCACUCAGACAGGAGCGAGAGGCAAAUGGCAUUAUGUUCAACGAGGAGGGCGAAAUCAUCAUAACAGAAGAAGAAUUCCUCGAAGUGAAGAAGUUGAAGGAGGCCAAGGCUCAGUACAAACAGGAUGCAGACGAACUCCGACAUCUCAAGUCGGAGGCGCAAUAUUGUCAGAAACUGGUGGAUCAGUGCAGACAGAAACUUAUUCACGAAUUUGACACCUGGUACUCAGAAUGCUUCCUGGACUCCUCCAGUAUUGAGCUACAGACCAGUGCCCUCCAGGGUUAUGGUUCGAGGGCUGGCACACUCCAACCAGGGGCGUUGUACGAAGAUGAACAAGAAAAGUUUGAUCGCCUCCAGAUGGAGCUACUGCUGGAGAAUCCCGACUCGGCUGCUUUUUAUAACGCUAAAAUGAGAACAGAAAGAAGGAAAACCUACGAGGCGGCAAUGUCACAACCUCAGCCGGCGAUGAGAAGAAAGCCUGGAACGCCCACAAAAGUGAUACGUAGCACUCCACCGUCAAUGUUACAAGUGCAGUAGGUUGCCAAUUGGUGGCACUUGAAUUUUUUGUGAUAACUUUACAGGUAUACAAUGUAUGUUGACCAGUGUACUAAAAUUUUCUGUGAUUUGUAAAAAUGCGUUGUCAAAUCUUGAAUUAAUUGAAUCCGUCCUUAUAGAUUGUAUUUCAAAUCAAGAGGAAUUGAUUUUUAUCAUAUUCUGGAUUUGUGUCCAAAUAUUCCUUGCCAUCGUUUAUCGACAGAUUUUGCAUACCAUGUGCAAGAAAUUGUUCCUAAAUGUGUAUAGAACAUGUAUGUUGUUAGUGUAAAUAAGAAUAAUGAAAUAUAACAGAGCGUUAUUGUAAAUAGUACUAAUAGUACAUGUAUUUCUUAUCAUAAUAAAUUACUGUAUGGA